UGUGGAUAGAAAGAACUCAAAGAGUGGUUGCGUUGGAACCAAAGAAAAAUCUCGACAGUUGAAACACAGAGAGCAAAAAGCAGAAAAGAGAAUUGCUCCAAAUAGAUACAGAUAGAGAAAGAGAGGUGGUGAUAUAAGCAGGGACAGAGGGUGCAAGAGCCAAAAGGGAUUUUUUCGCAUUCGGUUUUUGGGUGCCCAAUUUCACAUGGCAACGACAGCAUCCACAUCCAUGGCGGCCACCGCCGUCUUCAUGCCCUGUCGGUUACCCACCUCCGCCGUCACUCCCCGCUGCUCCGCCUUACCCAACCUUCCGCCACCGCGCGUUUCCACCACCCCAUCGUUUUCCGCUUCCUUGAAACAAAUCUCGGAACCCCGGAGGAUUUCUCUAUUUCAAGUCAAAGCCUCUUCAUCAGAAGAGUCGUCCCCUCCUGUUGAUGCUGGAGAGAUAUUCAGUGAUCUAAAGGAAAAGUGGGAUGCAGUAGAGAACAAAUCUACAGUAAUUCUCUACGGGGGUGGGGCUAUAGUUGCAGUUUGGCUAUCCUCAAUUGUUGUUGGAGCCGUCAACUCAGUCCCUUUGCUUCCAAAGAUCCUGGAGUUGGUAGGACUUGGAUAUACCGGAUGGUUUGUUUAUCGAUAUCUUCUGUUCAAGCAAAGUAGAAAAGAACUGGCUACAGACAUCGAAGCCUUGAAGAAGAAGAUUGCUGGAACCGAAUAGAUGUACUCGAUUGGGUGUGCACUCAGUCAUUGGUUCAAAUGGUUUUAGAUCUCCUUUAUGAGAGGCUUAUUGUUGUGUAAUGUAGAAGAGGCCUUUUAUGUAUUCCUAAUACUCUUGUAUUCUUCAUCUUCGAAAUAAGACAUUGCGCGGUUCUGUUUUCAGAUGGAUGAAUAUAUAGCCCUAAAUUGCCUUCUA